UGUACUUGCAACACGACGCUCAUUCACUCCUCUCCUGGCCACCACUUGCAGCUGCCGCAGCGACCGUGGCACCUACCACAGUGAGGUACUCCGCCACUGUCAUCAGGUCAAACCGAGCGUAUAAAACCAGCAGUAGGAUAAACUGAAGACGUUGAUUAUCGAGACCAUCGUCGUCUAGAUUACGGACUUUCAGGCCUCUCCUACGUGGAGUGUUUAUCGCCAAAGACUCGCUUGCAGUCUCUGCUUUUCUCCGGCGUUCUCCCGUCUCUUACUCCCGCCUAUCGCGGAUCCCUCCAGCUACGAUCAUGGCCACUGCUGUUGCGUCGCCCGAAAAAGACACAGAUAGGAGAGCAAGCAAAGACCUUCCACAUCUCUCCCUAUCGUUGGAGUCGCCACCCUCCUCCUCACCCUUCCCGUCACCAUCAUCUUCCUUCAUCCCACCCCCAAUGCCGGGUGCACAUGAAUAUGCGAACAAGCUACACAUACCCGCGAAGAAAAAGCAACGCGAGAGCGGCGAUAGCAAUACUUCCUCCGUUGCUACGGCACCUACAUCCGCAGUUGCGUCCGCACCUUCAGCCACGACAACUUCGACUACCAACUCUCCUGAAAAUGGCAUUGCGAAGCCAAACCGUUCGUCCGGCUGCGACAAAUCGUUACUCUCGAAACAUUUUGAUGAACUGGCGGAGCCAAGUGGCGAUUUAAAGGACAAGUCACUCGCGCAUCGAACGAGUCUUAAUUCCUCGCGACGCGCUCCUCCUUCACCUAGUGUCUCUCGGCGCACAUCUGCCGCACACACAAACAACAAUAGUGUCUCCCUGUCGCGUGCUCCUUCAAAUGCUAAUGCAUUGGCUGCGUCUGCAGCAAAGGGGAAACGUCGCUCGAGAAGCGUCAAGAUCCGUGACUUCGCUUAUCCAUCUUCCGACGUCCGACAUGUCGGCCAAGGACCCGAUGCCCCGCGCCCAGGACGUUCACGCCCUGCUUCAGAAUACGAAGAUAUGAUCGGAGCUGGAGGGUCGCGCCGGAAUUCCGGAUGGGGAGCAUUCCGAUGGGCUGGCAGCAAACUUUGGGGUUUCGCUCUCGGAGGAGGCAAACAACGAGGUUCGACGAAUGAGGGUGCGGACGGUGGAUUCAUGCCAACUUCGAGUGAUUUCGCGAGGAACUUUGAUGUCUCGAGUCCGAAUGAUGAAUACCCAACUACGGGCUUCCAAGGACUAGGACAAACUGAUGCGGAUUCUGAAGAAAUGUCCUCAGAGGUUGACUCCGAGUACGCAGAAGGAUACCCAGAUCAAGAUGCACCCCUUCUGCCUGGUUUAUACCGUGCACUAUAUGCAUUUGUGCCUGAGGGUACAGCGGAGAUGGCGCUGGGAGAAGAUCAAGUGGUGCGUAUUGUGGGACGGGGUGGAGGAGUUGGGUGGGCUGUUGCAGAAGACGAGCAGGGGAACCACGCACUUGUUCCCGAAAGCUAUUUAGAGAUUGUAAAGCUUGAUGAACCUACUGGAGAAGAUGACAGGGAAGGGAUCCAUUAAAAUGGAUGAUUUGGUCUUUGGAUGGAUGUUUUCUUGCCUAUUCAGACAUUUUAUUUUAACAUAGCUCUCUUUACCUUCCCCCUUUUAUUGUACUUUUCCUGCUGCUUUCUUCUGUUUUGCGGAUCCUCCCUUUGUUUUUCUCGGGUCCUCGUAUAUUGAUUUGUUGAGGACCGUCAUGCGCUGGUCGCAUCGGUUCGGGCGUGUGCACAAGCCCAGUUUCCUGACCAUUGCAUUUCAACAUUCCUGAACCUCAAAACUAUACGUAUUUUACAUAUGCAAUUUCCAACCUAAGUAUUCUCAGCCAAACCCCGCCAUUCCUUCUCCAUCGUUCCUCUAACAAUUCAUCAUCUCAAGUGUCAAGUGCUCCCCAAGUAUAUCAAUAUUCUUUCCUUCGCCUUUCCUUUCCUCCACAAUCCUGUUGCAUGUUCUAUAUCUCCGGUUUCUUCUUUACCUGACUAAGUACCGUUCUACCUACUUAUGUUUACCUAGCCCAUGAUAUUAUUCCUUUGCCAUUGUGUCAUUGUGUCAUUGUGUC